CAACCAAUACAAAGCAUUUUCUAAAACCUAAUCUCGAAUCUCAGAUUUGUUCUUUGCUACCUAGAAUCAAUGGCGCCCAAGGCAGAGAAGAAGCCAGCAGAGAAGAAACCAGUUGAAGACAAAUCAAAAGCCGAGAAAGCUCCAGCGGAGAAGAAACCAAAGGCCGGGAAGAAGCUCCCCAAGGAUCCCGCCGUCGCCGGAGACAAGAAGAAGAAGCGGUCGAAGAAGAGCGUGGAGACUUACAAGAUCUACAUCUUCAAGGUCCUGAAGCAGGUUCAUCCCGACAUCGGAAUCUCGAGCAAGGCCAUGGGGAUCAUGAACAGUUUCAUCAACGACAUCUUCGAGAAGCUCGCGGGUGAGUCUUCCAAGCUUGCGAGGUACAACAAGAAGCCGACGAUUACUUCCAGGGAGAUUCAGACCGCGGUGAGACUUGUGUUGCCUGGUGAGUUGGCGAAACAUGCUGUCUCCGAGGGGACUAAGGCUGUCACGAAGUUCACGAGCUCUUGAAGGAUGUGUUUGGGUUUGGUCUUUUGUUUCGAAUGUCUGAAUUUUAGGGUUUAGGGAAAUGUUCUUUCGUGUUUUUCCAGUAUCGUUUCGUUUGCAAUCUAGUUUUGUAAGUAUUGAUAUGUUUCGGAAUCUAUGUUUCAUCUCUUAUGUGUUACAAUCCUAUGCGUAUUUUAUAAUUGAAAGUCUUCUUUUUUAGCAAUUGAGUGUGUUAAAUUGAUCAAUUAACUUAAUUUUCG